CAGUCCGGAGCAGGCGUUCAGAAAAUGCGCGUUGAAGGAUUCAGAGAGCCCUACAAAGAUCACACUGGGAAACUGGUGCACCGUGCAUGAGCUCGCAGCGGACCGCCCGCAAGUGAGUCGUAUCUGUUUUCUCUUUGGGAACACUCUCCUCCUGUCUACCUGUGAACCAUGGAGUGCUGAAGCUGCUUGCGUUAAAGCUGGAAAUUCGGAUCUAGCCCCCAGCGGAGUAUCCCGACCUCUCCGUUUCUGCACGAGCAGAAUGAGCCCUGGUGUCUGAUUGUUUCAUUUUAUACCAGCGAUGAUUCCCGAACACCAGAAUCAUGUUGUUACUACAAUUGAGACCAUCCCUCCUGAGACCAUCACAGCAUCGCCCACACUGCUGCAAAGGAUAAAGAAAGUAUUUAACAGGGAACUGCUCCUGACUCUUGCCCUCGGCCAGGUCCUGUCACUGCUCAUCUGCGGGAUUGGCCUGACGAGCAAGUACCUGGCAGACGACUUCCACGCCAACACACCUGUGUUUCAGAGCUUUCUCAACUACAUCCUGCUGUUCCUCGUCUACACCACCACGCUCGCAGUGAGACAAGGAGAAGAGAAUCUUCUGGCUAUACUGAAGAGACGAUGGUGGAAGUACAUGAUUUUGGGUUUGAUAGACAUAGAAGCAAACUACCUGGUAAUCAAAGCUUACCAGUACACCACACUGACCAGUGUGCAGCUGCUGGACUGUUUCGUCAUCCCCGUGGUGCUGCUGCUCUCCUGGUUCUUCCUGCUGGUGAGGUACAAGGCGGUGCACUUCGUGGGCGUCGGGGUGUGUCUGCUGGGCAUGGGCUGCAUGGUGGGGGCCGACGUCCUGGUGGGCCGGCAGCAGGGCCUGGGGGACCAUAAGCUCCUGGGCGACCUGUUGGUCCUGGCAGGAGCCACGCUUUAUGGCAUCUCCAACGUCUGUGAAGAGUUCAUCGUCAAGAACCUGAGCAGGGUGGAGUUCCUGGGCAUGAUGGGACUCUUUGGUUCAUUCUUCAGCGGGAUUCAGCUAGCCAUAAUGGAACACAAGGAGCUGCUGAAGGUGGCGUGGGACUGGCAGAUAGGCUUUCUGUACAUCGGAUUCAGUGCCUGCAUGUUUGGCCUGUACAGCUUCAUGCCAGUGGUCAUCAAAAGAACAAGCGCAACCGCGGUCAACCUCUCCCUGCUGACCGCUGACCUCUACAGCCUCUUCUGCGGUCUGUUCCUGUUCCAGUACAAGUUUUCAGGACUUUACCUGCUGUCGUUCUUCAUCAUCGUCCUGGGACUGGUCCUGUACUCCUCUUCCUCAACCUACAUGGCCCAGGACCCCCGUGUCUACAAGCAGUUCCGCAACGCUGGAGGCGCCGCCACGGAUACGCCCACCACGGGGCCCAUGGAGCCCUCAGUGACCUAUACCAGCCUGGGGCAGGAGAUAGAGGAGGAGCCAAGGAUAAGGGUAGCCUGAGGGGCAGAGCCACAGGGGUGGGACAGCACCUAUGGCAUCAUCCACUGUCCCACCCACCAACUGUAGAGAGGGAACCUUCCUCAAUGGAAGGGAAAAAAAGAGAAAACAAGUAGCAAAUGAGCAAAUGUACACUGUGAUCACAAACUGUGAAUAGCGACCAGUGACAAUUUAAGAUUUUUUAAAAAUUCGUACAUAUACAAAUAUAUAUAUAUCUAUAUCUAUAUCUAUAUAUCACCCCAUCUCCUCCCCACCUGUAUUUCUAUGGUGUUUAGAAAGGUUUGUGGUGAAUAUGUAUGCAAAUUCUAUAUUGUGAUUAUUUUUGUUUAUAUAGGCACAAUAACCUUUAUUGAAGUGGAAGCUUUGAAACUGAGAUGUGGCCCCAGGUGUUUCAUAUGAAUUAUGUUUUAUGUCCCAUGUUGGUUUUCAACACUCUUUAGAGAACCCUCCACUGGGAUUUACAUUAGGACUAACAGACAUAUACUGGUUUGGCAAGAGUCAGUGCCUCGCUGCGUGUUGCUGUUGUGUUUAUAUGUGCGAUAGCAGCAGAAGUCACACCAUUCUGAGCCAGUAUAAAAGGUAUUGAUGUGGAAUGAGUAUUCACACCCUGUCCUUGAAUGUUGAUAUUCACAUGAUCCUUUGACUUUUUUAUACAGACCACGCUAUAAAAAAUGUGGGUGUUUUGUUCUGCAACAUAUAUGUCCUAACGCAAAGCAUAAACAGUUAUGACUGUACAUUUGGCGCAUAGUUAUAAAGUCUGCCAACUGCAACUAGAAUUCUAAUGAGAAAAUCAUGAAGCAUUGUUGAUUUUUGCAUAAUAUGUAAUGUGAGGAAUAACAGGAUCAGUAUUUUAAUUUAUACUGAAUCUUACUCCUCAAUUCCAUUUUGAAUUGAUUGUAAGAAUUUUAAUUUGUGGCUUUGUGGAGCUGGCGUGUUCUUAUUUUGCUGAUUGUCCAUCUGUUAAUUGAUGUUUUAUGUGUGUGUUUUUCCUCAUUCCCGGUGGAUUAUGUUCCUUGCAGCCUCCAAAAAUUUUUAACAAGUGUCUCCAAGGCUUUUUCCUCUCUUGUAGCUGUGCAUCUUGUCUCAUUUUUGAGGAUUAGGAAAAAUGAGUCAAAUGUGUCCCCCAAACCCAAACUGCUGAACAUUGAAAGUCUGUGCAUUAUAAAGGCACUUGAACACACUCAAUGUCAAUAAGCCAGUGCUGGAAGAACUCGGAAUUGAAUGCUUGAAGGUUUUACUGGAAGCACACCGCAUCAUGACACAAAGCCCCUACAAAAGCAACCAGCCCUACACAGCAGAAAUUAAUCAUGUGUUUUCUAAAUAAAUUGGGAGAGUAAAUUCUAUAGAGGGUCUUGUCAGGGCCCUGCACAGCUUUGAAACCAUACCCACAUCCCAAAUAAAAAUGUUAUAAAGACCAGAAGUAACAAAAUGACACUGCACAAAACACAUUUUAAAACAAUGUAUAUGUUAAAGGGACAUGUGUACAUUUUUGUAAAUAUUAAUUUCCUACUCCCCUGACUUGAACACUGACUGACACUGAUUGUAAAACGUCGAAUCAUGACAAAUGGCUACAAGGAGAAGCCACAACAUUUUAACAAGGACGCAAACCCAACCUGGUGAUGAGAAUGUCUGUUUGUAGCGGUUUGUUGAUGUAGGUCGAGUCAGUGCACAAGUGCUUUAAAUGACAAAUGGAUUUUCUUGUACACGGCACACACAUGUUAAAAAGGCUGGGUCGUGGCUCAAAACUACUUUUGCCAAUCUAGUUUUGUGUAUCAUCGGGGUUUUCUUUCAGUUCAUUCUGACACAGGCAUUCUUGUGGUUGUGCCCUUUGUGUUGUUGUUUUUUUUACUUGCCACCCUAGUUUUAGGUCUAAUGUGCUGUAUUUAUCAACAGAAAAGGUGUAUUCCUAAUUUGUAUGUAUUAAAUUGAUUUUAUGCCACUACAGUCCACGCUUCAUCAGAUUUCAGUUCACCAGUGUUUUCCGUCUGGAUGCACAGUGUUUGCACUAAAGACAUGGAAUAUAAAAGGCACAAGGAAAGUAUUUUGAAAUGUCAAGCAGAAAUCUAGUCUACCUGCUGCAAGGCAUUCAAUCGCAAUAGCUUUUCUGUAAUGAUCUUGGCUUAUUUUGAUUUUGGUAAAGUAAUUCCUCAGUAGUACUGUUACUGUUACUGUUAGUAAAAUAAAUAUAUUAUGACCGUUUCAUCUCUCCAGUCUAGUCUGUUAGCAAUGGCUUACAUGGAAAUGUGAUCAGUGCCUAUUUGAAUGCUUCUUAAAUAAAUGAACAUUUUAUUGUGUUUUUUUGACUGUUAUAUUCCUCGCGAUAUUCAAAAGAAGGUGACAAAGACAAAAUCACCUCUCUUCAAUCCUUCUUGAAGUGAUUUAACCAUGACCUGCAUUACAUUCAGUCUUGAAUCCAACAACAAAAUGUGUUGACUGGUAAUAUUCUUUAGCAGCUACAUUCACAAUGUAUUUGCAACCUUGGGUCCUUCUGGAGUGCAAUAUUGAAGUGCUACUCUCACCAUGAACCAUGAGUAAAAUACGUACACAUUUAUGUUAUAAUUACCUUCACAUAUAAUACAACAGGGUACAAAUCAUUUGGUCAGACUACUCAUUUUCAGCAUAUUUAUUUCAAGUAUAGCUCUUGGGUAAUUGAGUAUAGCUCUUGAGGAUUGGUGGGGUUUUUUAUUAAAGGGUUAUAUUUUAAAGAUUUGUAUAUAACCUGAAAAACGCAUAGGCCAACAUAUAGUUACAAUUCUUAGAUACUUAUACCAAAAUGCAGCUGAUCAGCCACAAACUAACAUAUUGUGUACACGUUAUAUGGUGAGCACCUUUGGAAUAUGUUUUGAAAUUUGCUGUUUGUUGUGUACUACAUGGUUUCCAGAUAAUAAUUGGUGUGUGGUACACAGGCAGAAUUGUGUUGUGUAAGGUAGUCAAUAGUAACUCCAUUUUCAACGUGCAACUCUCAUUUGAAGAAACUGAAAGUCACAUUGGAGUAAAUUGUGUAUAAAAUUUGUCCUAGGUGAAUGUCAAAGAAAAUGACAAGCCCAUUGAUUCAUUUGGAAACAUGUCACUAUUCAGCAGCGCAGCUUUUGAAUAUAUACAUCACUGUUCUUUUAAAGGAAAAGUUACAGUUACGUGUGAUGUUUAUUUGUUAAUAGUUUGACCUUAAUAUUUGAUAAAUGUGUAAAUUAUUAUUUAUUUUGUUUGUUUCAAAUAUUCAGUUUGAUUCAAAAAAUAGUAUUGAUUCACCCAUGAGGGUAAACUGAUUCUGUAAAUGUAAAUAUCCUUAUAGAGCACACUGAAGCUAACGCUGUAAAUGGGAAUACCAAAAUCUGCACAGAUUCCAUUAAGGGAAAUUUUAAAAACAAUACCCUUUUUGAUAUUUGCAUGUUCUAAAUGGAUUGGCU